UGGCCAGUUCAAGCGUCUGAAAGAGACCCUUCCAAGUCCCGAUCGAAGCUCCACCCACGACGUUACUACUGACUAACAACUGUUCAUGUGAACACUCGCUUGUGCAAAAGAUUCCAUCUUGGCUUUCUUCUUGUGCCCUUGUGUUCCAUGCAAUCUCUAUGUUAUUUUCCUCCAGGGGUGGCCUCUAGGUCUUUGGAGGAAAGUUUAUCACUUUUAAGGCAUUUAAGGAGCUGUAGCUGUGUGGAGUUGAGUACUGGUCUGUGUGGACUAGGUGAAAGCAGAAAUGCCUCAUACACCUCGCCAGCGCUUGCAGCCUCGUGCUCCUGUGUGGUCAGAGACAGAAACCCGAGAUUUUCUUGCACUCUGGGGUGAACUGCUGAUUUUAAGGUGGAUUGAAAACCGUCCACCAAACAGCGACAUCUAUGAGGACCUUUCGGCCCAAAUGAUUGCCAGGGGUCAUGAGCGCAACGCUUCGCAGUGUAGGAACAGAGCCCGGGACCUCAAGCGGAGUUAUCGGAGAGCCAAGGAUGCGCAAGUCUGUGCUGGAGCGGAACCGGUUUCCUGCCGCUACUUUCGAGAGUUGGAUCAGAUGUUUGGCGGUGAAAUGGACGGCGUAGCUAAUCGAAGCCUGGCUGGCAUGGAUGGGUCCAUGCGGGCCGUUGUGAAAACCGAAGAUGCAGAAGACAUGGAGGCCCAAGUUUCGGAAGAAGAAGGCAACCAAAUGACACCACCGAACACCCUCUCGAGCAUGGAUGCUGACACCGACACGGAAACGGAACCAACGUUGGGGAUCUCACGAGAGCUGCUGGCAGCGCAUCCAGAUGUGAUUGAAACCACCAUCGGGGAGGAAUGUUCCGAAGACAAAACAAUGCUUUCACGUGGACAACCAAUGGCUGGCCCCAGUGAAGAUGGACACCACACUGUUACUGGCCGAGGCAGGCGAGAGAAUCCCCUAGGGCGUCCCCUGACAACAGCAGAGAGAAUGGCAUCCAUGAGGGAGAGGAAGAGGCGGUCCCACGAAGAAAUGAUGCAUGAGAUCAUGACCGACUACCGGAGGACCUGGGAGACUAUGGAGGCCCUUCAUGAGAGGGGAGAAAUCAGUGCAGGGGAGUUUCGCGAGGCGAUGCUGAGGGAAAUGCUUUUGGACAGGGAGGCCCGGACCCGGGAGGCCCAGCUAGACCGCGAAUCCCGGGCUAGGGAGGCCCAGUUGGAUAGAGAAGCAAGAGCCAGGGACAGCCAGCUGGAGAGGGAGAUUAGGAUUAAGGAGCUCAACAUGAUUGAGGCCGAGCUCCAACGCACCAGGGAUAUCCUCCAUCCCAUGGUCGAUGCUGUGGUGUCUGUGGCCGAGGUGUUGCGUACAACAGGCAGCGUGCUUCAGCAGUCUCGUCAGCCACAGCAAAGCGGAAAGCGUCCCUUUUUGGAAUUGGAGGAUCGCAAAUAAUUUCCUUUUAGGGAAAAUAGUAUAUAGACACUGUGUUGGACAAAAAGGAGGGGUAGUAAGGAGGGGAGGGAUGAAAAGAAAAUGGCUUCCUCAGGAGUUAGAAACACUACAAUUGCCCAUUUCUUCCAGAGGACAUUUUCUCUUGACUGGUCAACAGCUCAGCUGAAUUCGCCUAUGCUUUUCCCUGCAAAGGGUCCGGCUAUGUGAAUUUAGAGAAAUCAUGUAAUUCUAUGUGGGUUUGGAAAAGGAAGGAAACCUAAAAAACAUACUGACUUGCUGCUUCAGAUCUUUAUGUUUCCUAAAAUCAGGUCUGGUGCCAUGGGCUGAGCAACUUGUGUAUCUGGGGGCUUUUUUCUUGAGUGAUUGUACCAAGAACACAGAUUGCAGUACGCAAUACAUGUAUUUAUCGUUA